AUGCCCAAGGUAUAUGCAGUCCGCACUUCCCUUCCACGCCGCACGUCCAUUCGAAGAUACAGACGGUAUCUUUUGGAUAAAUGCAUCUCGUCAUACACCCGACACUCGGAGCGCUCAUUCAUGCACGAUGCGGUAGAAAUAGGCGGGAAUCAGCAGUGCUUGUCGCUGGGGAUAUCUCACUUAAGUAAAUCAGCCAGGCAAGAGAUUAGAAACAUCCGAAACUGUGGGAUUUCCGCCCAACAACUCAUUAGCAAGAAAGCACCUCGUGAUGCAGUAAUCACGCCCUUCGGAAGGCAACCUGGGUCCAUUUUUUUGUCACGGAAACUUUACUUCGAAGCUUUUCCAAUCCUCAUUCAAGCUGUCCGACCGUGGACUGACCUUACUCGAUAUUGUCCAAGCAAACCUUCCGAAUGCAGACCUCCUGGUCUCCCACCUGAUGAAGAGCUACUCGACGAGGACGGACCCUUUUUCGCCAAGACAGUAUAUGAGUGCAUGUGCGACUGCGAAGGGGGCGAGGUGAGGUACAAGCGGGUGGCAGCUGGACUUCGGAAAGCAGCUGUGGAACUUAAAGGACGGGCUGACAUUCAGACUGAGAGAUGGGUCAACUUGAUUCACAUAGGUGCUCAAUUGGAUCUAGAGUGUUGA